CAUGGUGACGUCACGUCGUCGCUGAAAUGACGCUAACGACGGCGGUAGUUAUGUGUUCGCUCGUGCUGUCGUUUCAUAACGCCGCGAAUCAGCCGUGCGUUUAAACCCCUCGCGCCCAGCACCGCCUGUCACGCAUGGAGUAUCGCGCGGACCCGGUCAUAGCGAGUCUGGAGAUGUCAGAGGUGAAAAGCGACGGCGGAUCGGUGGAGGGCGACGAUGAUUACGAGAGUUUACCCGCGCACGCGUCCUUGUACACGCACAUGACAGCGGGCGCAGUGGCCGGGGUGCUGGAGCACACCGUCAUGUACCCCGUGGAUUCAGUCAAGACCCGAAUGCAAAGUUUGCAGCCAGACCCAAAGGCUCAAUACAGGAGCGUGUACGGUGCACUGAAGAGGAUUGUGCAGACAGAGGGCCUCCUGCGGCCAUUAAGGGGACUCAAUAUCACUGUGCUGGGGGCCGGCCCCGCCCACGCUCUCUAUUUUGCAUGUUAUGAGCAAAUCAAACUCUCCCUUAGUGAUGUCAUACAAAACGGAGGCAACAGUCACAUCGCUAAUGGAGUUGCAGGAAGUGUUGCUACCGUCCUCCAUGAUGCGGUCAUGAAUCCAGCAGAAGUGGUAAAGCAGAGGAUGCAGAUGUAUAACUCUCCAUACCGCAGCCUAUAUGACUGUGUCGUGACCAUCAGUCGUACAGAAGGACUGGCGGCCUUUUACCGCAGCUACAGCACUCAGCUGAUCAUGAACAUCCCUUUCCAGGCCGUGCACUUCAUGACCUAUGAGUUCAUGCAGGAACAUUUAAACCCCCAGCGUCAGUACCGCCCCGAAACGCACAUCUUGUCCGGUGCGGCGGCGGGGGCCGUGUCCGCUGCCGUGACCACUCCGUUAGACGUCUGCAAGACUCUGCUAAACACGCAGGAGAACGUAGCGCUCAGUUCGGCACACGUCAGCGGACAACUCUCGGGCAUGGUCAACACCUUCAGGACAGUUUAUCGUCUGGGAGGCUUUCCGGCGUUCUUCAAAGGCGCCCGAGCACGAGUGAUUUAUCAAAUGCCUUCCACGGCCAUCGCCUGGUCCGUGUACGAGUUCUUUAAGUAUUUUCUGACUCAACACGAACAAACGAACAUCCAGGAGCUGCAUAGGAACUCUAUGAAGACCGGCACUACAUGAGGCCUGUCGUAGGCAAAUCACUUCAAAGGUCCAACCGAUCCAAAGAUGUGGGUAAAUUAAUAUUCGGAUGUGGAAGAGACGGGAAUCAUUUCGACACUCCAGCAGCUAUAGCCUCUUAUAAUGUUUUGUAACAUACUAAUUUAUUGAAAAAGUUUAUUGGAUUACAUGGACACACUACAGGACAUUUCUGGGGAAAACUUGAUGGGAAGAGAGGAAAAUGCUACUCUCUGGACCACAGACGGUAAACGGAUUACACUCCCGUCCUGUUUUAAUCCACGGUGGUGCAUGCAUACAUAUUCAUAUAGAUAUAUGUGUAUGCAUGUAUGCUGUUAAAGACAUUCCUGAGUUCGCAAUAAACAGGCCAAAUGUUUUUUAAUGCCUUACCUCAUAUAAAGGCUGACUGGAUUUUAAACCCUGCAAUUUGGUCCCGUUUUAAAACGAAUGCACUGAUGUUUUAACCCCUGAAGUGUCUUAUACUUUUUAAAUCCUGUUCAAUUUUUCCGCAUUAAAAAUUAAUUCAGCAUAGUUGCCAAAUUUUAUAACCAAGAAGGAAACUGAGGCGGUGAAGGAUGCGGGUAUGGGUUGUGUGUGACAUCACCUAUCUUUCUUUGACGUAUACAUUUUGCAUCUGGCCUGACUGGGGUCUGUGGAUUCCCAUCAGCAAAUGUGCAGAUUUUUGUGUGUGACUUUAGAUGUUUCCCCCCAAACAUUUUUUUUAACGCUUUCAGUUUUUACGGCAGACUUUACUAUCCAAAGACUGACUUUGAAUUGCCUGAUUUCACUGUGACAGUGGUACAGAAUUAGUAGGCACACUAAAGCACUUAUCAUUCAUCGGCUGGUGUAUUCGAAAAGUCGUUCCCUUUAGCGGUGAGUGGUAGUUUUGUGUGCGAUAGCUUUGAUUGGUUUUAGAAUAGAUGUUACAUAAUACAUAUCCAACCAAUCCUUGUAUGUAAAUAGAUAUAAUAAGAUGUGAUCUAUGCAGUCUCGUAAGCACCCUACACUUAAAUGUGCACUAAAGUUGGUGGUUCCAGUUGAAAUCCUUAACGGGAUAGUUCACCCUAAAAUGAAAAUUCUGUCAUCAUUUACUCAUCCUGACCAUGUUGUUAUAAACCUGUAUGAAUUUCUUUUUUCUGAUGAACACAAAAGAAGAUAUUUUGAUUAAUGAUGGUAAACACACAGCAGAUAGUGACCAUUGACUUCCAUAGUAGGAAAGAAAUAUUUUGGAAGUAUUGUGAUAAAUGAUGAAGAAGAUAUUUUGAUAAAUGAUUGUAUACACACAGUUGAUGGUACCCAUUAAAUUCCAUCAUAUUUUUUUAUUCCUACUAUGGAAGUCUAUAGUAACAAUCAGCUGUGUGUUUACCAUCAUUCCUCAAAAUAUCUUCUUUUGUGUUCAUCAGAAAAAAGAAAUUCAUACACGUUUAAAACAACAUGAGGAUGAAUAAAUGAUGACAGAAUUUUCAUUUUUGGGUGAACUAUCCCUUUAACCUACAAUAACAUCUUUAUUCACAGAGUACAUAAGAGGCUUUACAGUAACAGUCCAUUCAUUCCUCUUCUGAGCUGUUUACAAAUACGCAGCUGAAUAUUUUCACCUUCGCGUAAAUCAUAACUUUAAUCUUUAACCGAAUCUUAGAUUUUUAUUUAGGAGAUUACUAAAUUAACACAAGACUGUGAAAACAAAUGGAAAGCAGUAUGAUCUAUUGUGCCUUAUAAGCAGAACAAAUUUAUGUGAAUUUGAUUUAUAAACUCUUUAAAAUUAUUUUAAAUAAGUAGACAAAAUUUAUGUGUAGAUUAAAAAGAUCACCCAUAAAUGAAAAUUCAUAAAUUGCUCACCCUUAUGUUGUGAACUUGUAUGAGUUUAUUGUGUAUUUUGAUUGUAACCACACAGUGGGCUGCCAUAGUAGGAACAAAAAUAAUAUGGGUGCCUUCAAUUGUCUGGUACUUUUGUGUUUAACAGAAGAAAAACUCAUACAGGUUUAUAAAAAUAUGGUCAGGAUGAGUAAAUGAUAACAGAAUUUUCAUUUUUGGGUAAACUAUCCCUUUAAACGUUAAAAAAUCUGUAGACAUGACAGUAUUACUCUCAGCUGUUUGCCAGUAACUUACUGUAGAUUUAAAUGUAUGUUAUUUACUGGCAAACAGUUUGUUCAAAGUUAAAUGAACAUUAAACAUUAACAAUUUUUCAUCUUUAAAGAAUAAAACUAUAAAGUAACCGCAUCAUGCAAAGCAUUCUGGAAACCAAAAUAUGAAGAAAAAACAGAAAAAGGUUAAUCAGGAUUUUUGGCUUCCAGAAUGCAUUACAUGAGGCUGUUAUUUUAUAGUUUUAUUCUGUAAAGAUAAAGACUUAAGUUAAUAAAUAACAUGCAUUUAAAUCUACAGUAAGUAACUGGCAAACAGCAAAAAAAUUUUCAGUGGACUCUAAUGCUGCGUUUACACCAGCCACGUGUGAGGCGUCAAAAUGGCGUCUACCGCAUCUAGUUUGCCGCUUGAACAUUUUGAAAGCAUACUUCGCUUCUUGUGGGAGGGGCAAGUGCUAUGCGGUUGUCUUUUUGAAAGAUGGCUAUUGUUGAUCGUGCAUUCAUCGAGAGAGUUACUAGUUUGUAUUUGGUCACCUUACUAUAGGGGGAAAAUAAACGGUGUGGGUCGAUAAACGUCACGUGACUCAAAAGUGAAAUGUGUAUUUACAACUUACCAGGUUGCCCAAUGUCCUCACUGACUCUAUUCCAAGCGAGGUUCUUUUUAUUCCUGUCUCUAUAGAAAUAAGAACUUGUGUCGUAUAGCUCCAGGUGACUGCUCACGGACAAUAUCAAGCGUUCCUUCAUGUUGAAUGAGUGAUUCUGGGUGGGGCUGCUGCCACAGCAGCAAGCAGGCUCCUGAUUGGUUAACACAGCGCGAAAAUCCGCCAAAGUUCAAAUUUUUAAUCUCGAGCGUCAGCCGCAAAUUCGCGUCAAACGCAAAAUGCACAAAAAGGCACAAUUUGCGCCAUUCGCGCACACAAGGCAGAAUCGUGUCUACCGCGCCGGGACAAAUGCCUCAUUCGUGCCACGACACCUCCAGACGCGUGUCAACGCGUCUUUACAUUGACUUAACAUUGAAAUCACUCACGCUUUACGCCUCUACCGUGGCUGGUGUAAACGCAGCAUAAGGCCUGUGAUGAAUUUGCACUGGAAUUACGCACAAGAAAUUUAGACAGUGCCAGAAUGAAAUUGUAAAUAAUGUAUUUUAUUCACAAAAGUACUCAGUUUUGUGGUCUUUUAUUUGUAUUUGAUUUAAGAUUUAUAGCUCUUGGAUAAGAGGUACCGUCUUAUGCAGGAGGUCCUGUUAUUGGACCAAUAGAUUAAAAACGCACACACAGGUGAAACAUUAUAAAGCAUUAACUAACACAAUACAGUAGCUGUUAUGUUUUCUAGCUGAAGUGUCAUAUCUACAGUGUGUCAUUACAUCACCAAAUGGGUGAUUCUCACGAAAACUUGGUUUUAAAAAUGUCAAGCAUGAAAAUGUAAAAAUUGCUUUUUUCCCACCAGACAUUGAAAAUGGAGUAAAUGGGAACAUUAAUUUUAAUUGAAAAACUUUUACUUAUCAUUUAACACUUUUUGUAACAUAAUUUAAAAAAUUAGUCCUAAAAAAUCUCAUUACCGCAACAGUCAGAAAACAUCAACAUAUUUUCAAAAUGACAUGACAAACCUGAAAGAACAUAAUUUGGAGAUUCUGCACAUGCAUUUAAAAUCAAAGUAUUAUGCUUCUAUUAAUUAAAUUAACAUUUAAUAAGCAUCUGUUGCGGUAAUGAUAAUCAAAAUGUCGUGUAAGCAUUCUGACAAGACAAUAUUUCAAAUUAACUGUAAAAAAUGAUCUUACCUGGUAGCCAUCUUGAAGUAACUGGUCCAUGUGCUUGGUCACUCAAAAUCAAACUUUAUUAAAAUUCUGUAUGUGUGCUUAAACUGUUCUCAAAAAGUGUUGCGGAGGAUGAGAACAUCAGGCAUGGACACAUAAUUUUCCUCAUUUUUCUUCAUUAUUAUUAUACAUGAAUAUUCAGUAAAUAUUUUUUCUGUCAUCUAAAGUAGUCUAGCAAAACAUCCAUUUAUUUUUUUUCUUAAUAUUUUUGUGUUAAUUUGAUUAAAGUACAACAUAACGCAUGUUCAAACACAGCCGGACACAUUGCGGUAAUGAGAAUUUCAGCAGAAAAUGAGAUAAAAUUUCCAAUUAAAAAUUCUUAUGUUGAAAUCACACAUUGUGCAAGGUAGAACACAGUAUUUUGUUAAUUCUGAUGCUUUUUUAUGUUACUAUAUUACACAUUUUAAAGCUAAAAUCAUUAGUGCCGUGGUGUUUCAAUGGUUUCGUGAGAAUCACCCAAAUGCAAUUGCAAAAAUUUACCUUUCAAACUGUUUUUUCCAACACUUGAUUUUAGAUAAUCCUGUUCCAAACUCACACUGUUGGGAUCCUCACACAAACAGGGAAAGUUCACCUAGAAACAUAAAACCUCACCAUCAUUUACUCAACCUCAUGCAUGUUGUAAACCUGUAUGAGUUUAUCAUGUUAAACACAAAAAAGAUAUAUUUUGAUUUUAAGCACAAAGUUGACGGUACCUAUAGCCUUUCACAGUUGUUUUUCCUACUAUGGAAUCAAUGGAUAUCGUCAACUCAUCAUUUAUCAAAAUAUCUUUUUUUGUAUUCAACAGAAUAAAGAAACUCAUACAGGUUUAGAUCAACAUGAGGUUGAGUAAAUGAUGACACAUUUUUCAUUUUAGGGUGAACAUGUAUAUAUAGUUUCUACCUUUCGUCUGCAUAUUAAUCUGGGACAUGAGAAAGUAUUUUAAUAGAAAACAAGUUUUAUUUUACCAUAUGCUAGCAAAUAUUAAGUUAAUUCUAGUAUUGCUUUAUCAUAGUCUUGAUUUUCAGUGUUUUAGUGUGAUUGGAUGAAUUCAUUGCGUCUUCGUAAUCUAUGCACAUUCCCAUCAGACAGGGAUAUUCCCAGCACUGUGUGUUUUUGCCUGUUAGAGGGAGAAAGAUAGUUUCUGGUUUUACCGUGUGCUGACUGGAUCAGCAGGCAAUGUCUUUCCUGUCCUCUCUCAGUUCCUCGUCCCUUGAUGAUUUUUCCAGCUCUGAAGCUUUUGACAUUCCCUAAAAUUCUAAUCAAUAAGGGUUCUUAACCUGUUUUACCAACUGUCCAUAGGAACAAAAAAGAAAAGUAAUAAUGUACAGCUUUUUGAUGGCUACCAACUUUUCCGGCCUGCCAGUUAUCAGCUGAUGGGUAAAAUGCUGUUGGCUUGGAAGUGUUGAGAUUUUUACUAGGGCGUAUAGUGCUGUGUUUUAGGUUUAGUUUUAUCAAGGACCAUUCAAAGCAGGUUGCUUGUUUAACCUUUUAUUUGAAAGACCACUGACAAAUUUCCAUUUAUUUUUGACUUCAUGUUGUACUAUGGUGGAAACCCCAUGGGUUUACUACUACUUGGUCCAGCAUUUUUAAAUGCUCACUACCUGUAAUUGCUCUGCAAAACCAGCUGUUUUUAAAUAUAUAUAUUGAAUUUAAAUCAGUUUUACAUUGAAUAUUGUUAACAAAUGUAGAUUUUGCCUUAAAGUGAUCUCUCAAUACUUGGAGAAACAGGAGAUGUAUCAGACACAAGAGGUGCAGCGGUGUCACUCCUCUUCACAUGAACCAUGAACAACAUAAUGUUAAGCCGCUUUCUGCGCACAUUGUAGAAGUGAGAGUGCCAUCUAGAGGACUUUUAUAUGAUUUCAUUUUUUUACAGUGGUGAAAGUAAAAAUUGUAGACAUAACCUUUGAUUUGUGUAAAUGCUGCUACAGUUUGUAACACUGGAGCUGAAAUAAAAUGAACAAUGAUGAAAUAA